AUGGCCAGAGUAGACGUCCAGCAGAGUGUUCCCUCGCACCUUCGUACUGUGCCGGGUUCAUUCAACAUCCCACCAGCAAGUCUCCCAGCACCAUCGAAAGUCGGCACCUUCGAUCCAGAGCGGGUUGCGUCCGACCUAGUGGAUGUUUUCAAUCUCGCCCUCGACCAACACAACUACCCCAAAGUUACAAGCUUGUUUACAGACAAUGGAUUUUGGCGUGACCACCUAGCCUUAUCCUGGCAACUUCGAACCGUGCACGGCCAUGAGGCUAUCUUGAAGUACUUGGAGAGAUGCUCUGAGUCUAGAGACGGCAUGCGACUCCGCAGAAUUUCAAUUGACCGGAGCUCCUCUGUGCGCGCCCCCAAGGCGUGGGUGCUUGAUGGAGCUGGCGAAGUCCAGGGCAUCCAGUUCUUCUUUGAGGCAGAAACAGUUCAUGGAUCUGCUGUCGGAGUCGCACGCCUCGCAAUGCAAAAUGAUGGUUGGAAAAUAUUUACUUUAUUCACUUCCCUGCAAGAAUUGAAGGGCCAUGAGGAGCUUCUUGGACAUCGAAGACCAAAGGGAGCGCAACACGGAGACCACCCAGACCGCAAGAACUGGGCCGAGAGACGAGCUGAUUCGAUGGCUUAUAUUGACAACUGUGAACCGACUGUGAUUAUUAUCGGUGCCGGACAGGGUGGUUUGACAGCUGCUGCGAGACUGAAGAUGCUAGGUGUGGAUUCUCUCAUCAUCGACAAAAAUGAGUCAGUCGGAGACAACUGGCGUCUUCGCUAUCGUCAGCUCGUCUUGCAUGAUCCUGUGUGGUACGACCAUAUGCCCUAUGUGAAAUUUCCAGCCCAUUGGCCCAUUUUCACGCCCAAGGACAAGCUGGCCGAAUUCUUCGAGUGCUAUGUUAAGAUGCUAGAACUUAAUGUUUGGAAUAGAACGACUAUCUCUCACUGCGAAUGGGACGAGCAAACUACCACCUGGACCGUGUCGCUCUCUCAAAAGCAAAGCGAUGGGACCUGCCAAGUCAGAACAUUCCACCCGCGCCAUAUUAUCCAAGCCACAGGACAUUCCGGCAAGAUGAAGAUGCCCUAUAUCCCGGGUAUGGAAAACUUCCAGGGUAAACGUCUCUGUCAUUCCUCGCAAUUUCCUGGCGCAGAGAAAAAUGGUUCUGGCAAGAAAGCCAUUGUUGUGGGCUCCUGUAACUCAGCCCACGACAUUGCACAGGAUUACCAAGAGAAAGGCUAUGAUAUCACGAUGGUCCAGAGAUCAACAACCUGUGUCGUUUCCUCGGCUGCUAUCACUAAGAUUGGUCUAAAGGGCCUCUACGAGGAGGAUGGUCCGCCGGUGGAAGAUGCAGACCUUCUACUGCACGGUACCCCUACACCAGUCUUGAAAGUGCUUCAAGCUCACAUCACUUCAAAAGAAGUCGAGCAUGAUCGGGAGCUCCUGGAUGGACUUGAAAGGGCUGGAUUCAAGGUCGAUCAUGGCCCUGAUGGCUCUGGGCUACUGAUGAAGUAUUUCCAGCGUGGCGGUGGCUACUACAUUGAUGUUGGUGCCUCACAAAUGAUCAUAGACGGCAAAAUCAAGGUGAAACAAGGCCAGGAGAUCGCCGAGGUGCUGCCUCAUGGCUUGAGGUUUGCCGAUGGAUCUGAGCUGGAAGCCGAUGAAAUCAUCUUCGCCACUGGAUACGACAACAUGCGCACGCAAACUGGCAUGCUUUUGGGCAAUAAGGUCGCCGACAAGGUUUCUGAUGUCUGGGGCUAUAAUGAAGAGGGAGAAAUCAGAACCAUGUGGCAGGAUAGUGGCCACCAAGGAUUUUACUUCCAUGGGGGCAAUCUAGCAACGGCAAGAUACUACUCCAAGGUGUUGGCCCUCCAGAUCAAAGCCCUCGAGGAAGGUAUCCAUCGGUAUGGGGAAAUCUGA